GAGUAAAAAAUGAAUCUUACCUUAGUUGGGAACCUCUCCUGGCGUUUCUCUAUUCAAUUAGGGCAGGCCCCUCCCCUUAACUGAUGACACUGACAGACCCUCCUUAAGUUGCGUCGCGCCACAGCUGUCUGCGAGCAUUGAGCUGCCUGGCGCCAUCCUGAAAGAAUGCCUUCACUGUAAAAAAAAAAAAAAAAAAAAAAAAAAAAAGGUAGGAGUGAGAGAGCAGUGUCGGGCGAGAGAGCCAGAACUUUAGUGAGGACUGAGAGCAGAAGCUAAUGGACACAACCACUCCAGCGCACCAGCACGCCUGAGCAGUGAUUUGAACCCGCUGGGUCAGCGCACUGAAGCCGACUACUGCAAACGAACCGCGCGUAUUGCUUGUUGAGCUCAGCUCAAACUUUUCAAAUAGGAACAAGUUCAGCGACAGUGUCUCUUUCGUUUUGGACGUAUUCGUUGACGAGCGUAUUAACUUUGUAAUGCUGGGUGAUUGGAAGCGCGCACGGAACCUGUGGAUUUAAACAAACGGAUUUGGAACUUUCUUUCUUGUAAACUGCACAAGGUGGCCUGGCGUGCAUGAACAUAGACUGAAAUAAGAGCAACACAAUGGAGGUUAGCCCGGACCAACCCCGGUGGAUGAGCCAUCAUCCAGCUGUAUUAAACGAGCAGCAUCACAGCUCACAUCACCCAGGCCUCGGCCACUCAUAUAUGGACCCCUCGCAGUAUCCGCUUGCUGACGAUGUGGAUGUACUCUUUAAUAUCGAUGGACAGGGCAACCACGUCUCUCCUUAUUAUGGGAACUCAGUCCGUGCCGUACAGAGGUACCCUCCUCCUCCACACAGUAGCCAAGUGUGUCGUCCAUCGUUACUACACGGUUCUCUGCCGUGGCUGGAGGGGAGCAAAGGCAUUGCCCCACAUCCCAGCACUUCCCCCUGGAACCUAAGCCCCUUCCCCAAAAACCCUCUACACCAUGGGUCCCCUGCCAGCCUCUCAGUCUAUCCACCGGCCUCCUCAUCUUCGUUGUCCAACGGCCACUCUAGUCCGCACCUCUUUACGUUUCCCCCGACCCCUCCCAAAGACGUUUCACCGGACCCCGGUAUCUCCACUCCGGGCUCCAACAGCUCCGCUCGUCAGGAGGACAAAGAGUGCAUAAAGUACCAGGUUUCCUUGGCAGAGAGCAUGAAGCUGGAGUCAGCUCACAGCCGGGGUGUGACGUCUAUCGGAGCAGGGUCAUCCUCUGCCCAUCACCCCAUCGCCACAUACCCACCUUAUGUCCCCGAAUACGGCCCAGGCCUCUUCCCACCAAGUAGCCUGAUAGGUGGGUCAUCUUCUAGUUAUGGUUCCAAAACAAGACCAAAAACAAGGUCCUGUUCAGAAGGUAGAGAGUGCGUGAACUGCGGGGCCACGUCGACUCCGCUAUGGAGGCGGGACGGUACGGGACACUAUCUCUGCAACGCCUGUGGUCUCUAUCAUAAGAUGAACGGGCAGAAUCGUCCUCUAAUAAAACCGAAGCGGAGAUUGUCUGCUGCCAGACGGGCAGGAACAUCCUGCGCUAAUUGUCAGACUACCACUACCACGUUGUGGCGGAGGAACGCCAAUGGCGACCCGGUUUGCAAUGCCUGCGGCCUCUACUACAAACUUCACAAUAUCAACAGACCUCUGACGAUGAAAAAGGAAGGCAUCCAGACAAGAAACAGGAAGAUGUCCAGCAAGUCAAAGAAGAGUAAAAAGUCUCAAGACAACAUGGAGGACUUCUCCAAAAGCCUGAUGGACAAGAGCAGUUCUUUCAGCCCCGCAGCCCUGUCCCGCCACAUGUCCUCAUUCCCCCCCUUUUCACACUCCAGCCACAUGUUGACCACGCCCACACCCAUGCACCCCUCUUCCAGUCUCCCGUUCCCGCACCACUCAAGUAUGGUAACAGCCAUGGGCUAGUCCCAUUCUGAACUUCAGCACGCCCAAUGGUACCUCUGCUUCUCAACAGACACAAAGACAGCUUAUUGACCCAAACGAAGCUCAUGGUCUCACUCCUCAUCCAAGAUGGGGCGACAACAGACUUUAGACUCUUUUUAUGAGUUGUAUUUUAUUUUUGUAUGACAGUGCACCUCUGCAAAGUGAAUGCUUUGCAGACUGUACUAUGGCUCACUGACCUCUGGGGACCUCAACCAAGAGAGAGACAUUUGCCCUACACUGAGGCUGCCCCCUUCAUUUAUGUACAAAAGCCAUUUUCCAUCCAACAAUACAAACUCUUUUAAUUUUCAGUUCAGCCUCAUCUUGCACCUGUGUAACAGGAUCCCCUGCUCCUUUCCUUCUUCCUCUAACUGGGGGCAGGCAUUAAAUACGUAUAUUUGUACAAAUUGUAUGAAAUACAAUACAUUUAAGAAAGACUUUUUAAUAAUUAAAAAAUGGAAACUGAGCAUCUAAGGUACAGGGCAGAAGAAGAAGCACAGAGUGGACUCAGAGGACUGUCAGAAGGGCAGUUUGUUCUGAUGUAUUAAUUUAAGUGAAAGUGGCAGCUCUGAGCGCAGUGUCCCUCUGCUUCUUGUCUUUUGAUGUGCUAUAGGUCUGGGGCGGGUGCGUUGUGUUGAUGCGAACAUGUACACACACUGACACACACACUGACAUAGACGAACACAUCACUUGAAAGAUUUUUUCCUGCCCACAGAUUAUAUGCAUUGUGAAAAGGUUCCUGUAUUUGUUAUUUGUAUGUAUAAAUCAGAGUACCAAAAAUAUGAAAGAAACAAAGAUGUAGAAUUAUUUCUUUAUGUUAUGCAGACUGAAUGGUUGUAAAAAAUUUAAUAAUAAUAAUCACUAGUGUAAAAUAUGACUGCAUUUUGUUUUGUAAAUUCUUUUCCUCUUUGAAAAUAAAUAAACUAGUUUAAUCUCUGUUGAUAUGUCA